UGAAAAAUUAGGUUCUGAAUAAAAGAACUUCAUUUUCUUGUAAUUUUGUGGUGAAGUGACGGACAAUGUUUAGAAAUAUUGUGGUUGGGUUAUCUGGUGGUGUUGACAGUGCAGUUGCCGCAUUACUAUUGAAACGUAAAGGAUUCAACGUGACUGCCGUGUUUUUGAGAAACUGGGACACUGCAGACGAGACGGGGAAGUGCCUCGCUGAUGAGGAUUAUAAGGAUGCUGAGUAUAUCUCUAAGAAGAUUAACAUUCCUCUUGUGGAAGUGAAUUUUGUCAAGGAGUACUGGCAUGAAGUCUUCACAUAUCUUCUCGAGAGCUAUGAGGGUGGAUACACUCCCAAUCCCGACAUAAUGUGCAAUAAAAACAUAAAAUUUAAGAAAUUCUACAAUUUCGCAAGGGAAAAUCUGAAGGCUGACGCCAUAGCUACUGGACACUACGCUAGAUCGUCCUUCGGUCCUUAUUUGGAGGACUACAAACCAGGCGCCAAGGUUAAACUAUUGCAUGCAGUCAAUCAAAAAAAGGAUCAGACAUUCUUUUUGUCUCAAGUGAGCCAGGAGUCCCUUCAAAGAUGCAUGUUUCCGCUCGGGGAAAUGAUGAAAACAGAUGUAAAGAAAUUAGCGGUUGAGGCCGGUCUUGGGGUCAUUGCCCAAAAGCCUGAGAGCAUGGGAAUUUGCUUCAUUGGGACCAGGACCUUUCAGAAUUUUAUUCCACAAUAUUUGGAAAAUAAACCUGGGAAUUUUAUUAACUACGAGACGGGAGAGGUGGUUGGUCAGCACCAGGGGAUCCACUGCUGGACGCUGGGUCAAGGCUGUAGAAUCGCAGGGAGUAGCGAGAAGCUUUUCGUCUUACGGAAGGAUAUCAAGACCAAUGACAUCUUUGUCGUCCCAGGAACAGAUCACCCAGCAUUAUUCUCCAGGAUUCUCAUCACUUCGAAGCCCCACUGGAUUUGUGAAGAACCAGAAUCAUUGAUCGACAGUUGGACAGUUCUCAACUGUGAAUAUCGAUUCCAACGUAAUGAGAAACUCUGUCCAUGUAGAGUUUACAAGUCUUCGAACAAUAAAUUAAUAAUUGUUUCUGAGAAGGAGAAGAGGGCAAUAUCUCCAGGACAAACUUUUGCCAUUAAAUUCUUUUAGUUUGUUGUUCUGUACUUGAACGACGAGUGUUUGGGAAGUGCUCCCAUAACUCACGCAGGGCCAUCUCUCCAUAGUCUCGGCGAGGGCGAAAUCACAUCAGACGUUGACGAUAAUGAUGGACUCCUGCGAGCAUCAACAGUGUGAACUAGAGUAAAUAAUUUUAAUAAAACUGUACAUAUAAUUCUA